AUGACAAAUAUAGGAGAAUGGGACAAAUUUAGAACCGUGGAUAUGGAUAAAGAGACGAUGAUGAUAGAAGCCCUCAAAGGUUCGGGAAUGAAACAGAAAAGUCGUGGUGAUGCAGACAAGGUUGCUGUACUUACUGCAUGGCAUAGAGUUGAUUGUAGAACUAGAGAAGCUUUCCGUCGUAGCUUUCUUCCAGAAUUGAUAAGUGGAUAUGAGGAGUGCAUCCGGGACUUUGUGAAGGAGACUGGAGAUGGUGGUGUUCUUGAGUUAAAUGUUCAAGAUCCUUUCCGCCGGUUGUUGCUGCAUGGUGUUUGUGAGUUCUACAACUUGGUGUCAGUAACAGUGACGCAAUCAAAGGGAACAGAGACAUUGAAAAUGACCAGAAUAAGGAAGAAGAAGGCCGGUGAUUUUGAGCUUCCCAACAUGGUCACUCUCUGUAACUUUCUCAGGAUGGCGAAAGAAGGGAUUUGGUGA